GGAUACAUAUAGCAGUCAUUAGAACAAGCAAGAAGGAGAGAACAAAAUGGAAGAAGGUAAAGGAAGAGUGUGUGUUACAGGAGGCACAGGUUUUAUUGGUUCAUGGAUUAUCAAAAGGCUUCUUGAAGAUGGUUAUUCUGUUAACACCACUGUGAGACACGACCCAGUAGAACACAAGAAGGAUGUUAGCUUUCUUACCAAUUUACCUGGAGCACCUCAAAGGCUACAAAUUCUCAGUGCUGAUCUCAGUAAUCCAGAAAGUUUCACUGCGGCCGUUGAAGGGUGCAUCGGAGUUUUCCAUGUUGCUACCCCAGUUGACUUUGAACUAAGAGAACCUGAGGAGGUAGUGACCAAAAGAUCAAUUGAUGGUGCACUAGGCAUUUUGAGGGCAUGUCUCAAUUCCAAGACAGUGAAGCGAUUUGUUUACACCUCUAGUGCCUCUGCUGUGACUUUCAAUGGCAAAGAUGAACAAGUGAUGGAUGAAAGCUUUUGGAGUGAUGUAGAUGAUCUUAGAGCUUCAAAGUUUUUUGGAUGGUCUUAUGCAGUUUCAAAGACAUUGACUGAAAAGGCAGUUCUUGAAUUUGGAGAACAGAAUGGAUUGGAUGUUGUGACAGUUGUUCCAACUUUUGUUUGUGGACCCUUCAUUUGUCCUAAGAUUCCUGGCUCAGUUCAAAACUCACUGAAUUUUGCAUUUGGAAAAAUAGAUUCAUUUGGUUUCAUGCUUCAGACACCAAUGGUGCAUGUAGAUGAUGUGGCUAGAGCACAUAUAUUUCUGUUAGAACAUUCUAGUCCAAAAGGGAGGUAUAAUUGUUCACAAUGUUUGGUAACUUUUGAAAGGAUCUCUGAACUUGUUUCUGCCAAAUGCCCUGAGUUUCAACAACCAACUAAAGGCUCCUUCAAGCUGAUUGAAGGUACAAAGCUAAAAGAUUUAUCAUCGAAGAAGCUCAUAGAUGCUGGAUUCAUGUUCAAAUAUGGGCUUGAGGAAAUGCUUGAUGAUGCAAUUCAAUGCUGCAAAGAAAAGGGUUACCUGUGAGGUAGCUGUGUAACCUUUUCUACGUCAUAGGAUGGAUAAUCCACACAAUAAGGCAAUAGUUAUCUAUGUUAAAAAAAAUGGUUGUUGAAGCUAGCAAUUGGGACUUAAAUGCUUUUGGAAUUGGACUACUAUUGGCAAUGGAAAUUAGUUAAUGCAAUUCUAAUAUGGUUUGUGUAAAAUCUAAUAACGUGUUGUGUGUGGCAAAUCUACAUUCAUAUCUUUUAUGUAAGUAAUAGAGCUGUGGAAGUCUUUAAAGGAUUUGGAGAUGGAUUCAUUGAAUUUAGGAUUUCUUUAUUUGUUUUCUUUUUUAUAAGACAAAUGAACUAUUAAAGAGAAAGUACAAAGUGUAAUUUGAAUUUCUUUAUUUGUAUGCUAUAAUAACCUAUGCUGUGUAUUAUUUGGUAGGGUGAUGUGAAGAAAAAACAAAAUUGCAUAAACAAGAAAUAUUAUUGUGGUGGAAUGACCUAUUAU